UUGGUGAAUGCGUUUUUUGUCUGUUGAUGUACUGCUCUGAUGUUUUUGUUUGCGACAAAAUAGGACUGAUAGCUAGGAUAGUCGACCUCUGUGAUGGGACUGGCGGAGCUAGAGCUGCAAGACAUCUGGAAUGUCGUGUGGUGAUAGUUACGGAAGAGGGAAAGUGGUGAACUGGAAUAGUAUCGGGUUGAGUAGCAGUGGAAACCCCCUGAGGAGGCAGCCUGGCAGCUGCCGAAACGCAUCUACCUCUUACGACGUGAAUCGGGGUCGAUCGGCAUCCCCGAGGAGGGUUAAAGGGGAGGCAAAGGGAAAAGCUACUACGCAGGAACCAGAGGAGUUGGGGCGCCAGAUCGAGGAACUAAACAAGAGCCUAGUUGCGGUGUCGGAGUUCGUAAUGGCCGAGAAAGUGAAGAAGGCCGAAGCGGAGCGCUUACGUAUUGAAGCUAAAGAAGAAGCGGAGAGACUGGAGGCGGAGCAGAAAGCUCGCGAGAAGAAGGAACAGAAACGCAUCGAGAAGCGGAUAAGGGAUGCGCAACGUACCACGGAGAUCGACAAGAAGAUGGAGCUACAAUUGGCGAUCAAGACGAGCGACUUUUUUAACCGCAUGGAGGCCAGCUUAGGACCAGUUCUUGAUUUCGUCCGGAAGGUGAAGCCCGUGAAACAGCAGAUGCAUAUACCUUCUAACUCCGGGGAUGAGAGCUACGAAAGCGCAACCGAGGAUAUCCGAGCAAGAACCAAGAAGUUGACGAUCCAUGAGAAAAGGAAGAGGGGACCCGAGGUGGAGUUUGAGGAUAGGUUAUCCCACCCGAAAGUGGAUGGGCAUGUCUGCUUCCGACUGUGCGACGGCGACAUUCAAUACCAAAGACUGUCGAACGUUAAUGACAUUCCACGUCCUGAUGUUCCGAAUCGUAGAUCCUUGCUGCAUCAGGAGAUUGUCUCUGGUUUCUCGAACUGGUUUAAUCUGAGAGGAGCUAUAUCGAAUUUUAGCGUUUUCGAUUUUCAAGCUUGCUUUGGCGUAACUUAUAACGUGCCGGAUAAGAUUUCUCUGGACGAGGUCAUCACCGUGAAAAGGGAGUGCGAGGGUUUUCUUCUCACUCCAUUGGAUCGAAACGCCGGUGAAACACUUAUAAUGUGCCCACUCGUGUACCAUAGGGCAAUGAUGGAUUCAUUUGUGACGAAUGUUGGCUAUAGGGUGGUUCAGGAGCAGGAGAGCGAAGUACUGGCAAGAGUCAAGACGGAAGAUACAAAUUGCUUCCGGCCUAUUUGUCCCACCUUCAAGGAGCCGAUGGUGAAGACCGGUCGGGUGGUGGCGAAGGCGUUGAACCACUUACAGUUUCAGCUGCCGGACGAACCUUCAACGGGAGUGGAGUCGGCCUCUCAUGACAUCAAGGAGAUGUUUAGCCGACUCCCCCACGAAGAUAUUCUUGAUGUUGUUACCUGGAUCGUUGAACAUUACCGAGGGAAAGGAAAAUCUUUUGUACGAGUGAACACUAGGGGUAGAGUCGCUUCUUUUGAAAAGACCGCGGAGGCUGACCAUUGGAGACAAUUGGAUUUGGAUGAUAUGAUCAAGUUUGUAAGACUGGAGUUGAAGCAUACCUAUACGUAUGCUACAGGCGUGCUCCUGAGACAGGUUGUUGGCAUCCCGACGGGCAAGAGUACAAGCCCACCACUGGCUUGUAUUCUGUGCGCCUACGCGGAAUGCAAGUUCCUGAACAGCCUUGGGGUGUUCCGCAAGAGGGUUUUCGGGAUCAGACUCAUUGAUGAUAUCACACUCGUGACAUUUGCGUUGUCUGAUCAACAACGUGACAAGGUUCUGGAUACGUUCGAGAGGUGCUACCCUCAUAACUUGGUCUUGAAGAGGACUGACACCUGGACAGACACCUUACCGUUCCUUGGGAUGUGAGAUCAGGACUCGAAAUUGUCCACUACACCUAGGCUGUGUGCAACUUGUUAAGAAUAAGGAUACCGUCUGAGAACAAGAAAAACUGACUUUCAAAAAUGGGCAGUCGUAUUCAUCAUGAGGCAGUAAGCAACAGAAGGCGGCUAUAAUCAAAAGCUAUCUCCAUC